AUGCUAACUAAAAUUUCAAGCAAAUUUAAAGAAUCGACUGUCAUAUAUGAAAAAUUUAAUAAAAUUUUUUUAAUUGGCCUCAAUAGACCUGAAAAACAUAAUGCAUUAAAUGAUGAGCUUAUAGAAAACUUGUCUGAAGCUUUGUGUAGUUUUAAUAAAAGUGAUGCAAGUGUAGCAGUUUUAUAUGGAAAUGGUGGAAACUUCUCUUCAGGAUAUGAUAUAUCUAAUAUCAAUGAUAAAGAUGAUUUUGAAAAUAUUAAAAAACUCUCCUACAUAAUGAAGAAGAGAAAAGGGCAAAAUUGUGAAGAUAGACAAAAUUUAAAUAAUAAUUUAAACUCAUGUUUGGAAAUGAGAUUUAACACUACCAAACCUUUAAUUGCAGCAAUAACUGGAUAUGCUGUUGCAGCAGGACUAGAACUGGCAUUAUUAGCUGAUAUGAGAAUAUGUGAUAAAGGCAGUGUGAUGGGACUUUUUAAUAGACGAUUUGGACUACCUUCUAUUGAUGGCAUAGCGCAAAGAAUCUUACCUCGAAUUAUAAAUUAUUCAAGGGCACAAGAUUUACUUAUAACUGGUCGUGGAAUUAAAGGAAAAGAAGCAAUGGAAUGGGGAUUAGUCAAUAUGAUAACAGUAGAUGGUACAGCUAUAGGCAAGGCUAUGAAUGUUGCAGCAUCCAUUGCUAAAUUCCCACAGGAUGCUUUACUACUGGAUAGAGAAGUAGCAUACAAUUAUACAUUUCAUCAUGGUGAUAAUUUAGAUGAUUUACUCUCCAAUGCCACCAUAAAUUCUGAGAUAUUUAAAAAUGCCAGAAAAUUUUUAGCAGCCAAAAAGGGACCUAGUUUUAACAUCGAUGAUUUAUAGCAAAUUUUUUUUCAUAAAUUCACACGUCAAUUUGCCUUAAAAUUGUUACUAGUUGCUGAUUUACAAC